CAGAUGCUCAUCGCUAUGGAGUUGCCGCAGCAGCACCUUUGGGGGCUCCGGCGAGCGACCGGAGCCGGGAUCUGAGCGAGCGCCAGGGCCAGCGGAGCCGGAGCCGCCGGGACAUGGUUGCAGAUCUGAUGUCUUCUGAACACCUCACCGUGUCUCCAUUCCUGGGACUCUGAACCCAGCAGCUGGACCACUUUGUUCUUGGAAUUUUGGGCAUCCUUUCUUCUCACAUUUCCCUUUUCCCUUCUCUCUUUUCCCCUCCUGAGAACUCCUGAAGACUGCGUGAUUGUCAUGGAGUCCAGGGAAAUUUUAAGCAGCUCCCGGCAAAGAGGGGGCGAUUCGGAAUUCCUGCCUGUCUCCUCCACCAAGCCCCCUGCAGCUCCUGGCUGUUCAGGGGAACCUUUGCUCUCCACUGCAGGACCUGGAAAGGGGAUCCCAGUGGGUGGAGAACGCAUGGAGCCAGAGGAGGAGGAUGAACUGGGCUCAGGGCGGGACGUGGAUUCCAACUCCAAUGCAGACAGUGAGAAGUGGGUGGCAGGAGAUGGCCUGGAAGAGCAGGAGUUUUCCAUCAAGGAGGCGAAUUUCACUGAGGGGAGUCUGAAGCUGAAGAUUCAAACAACCAAGCGGGCUAAGAAACCCCCAAAGAACUUGGAGAACUAUAUAUGCCCACCUGAGAUCAAGAUCACCAUCAAGCAGUCUGGGGACCAGAAGGUGUCCCGAGCUGGGAAAAAUGGCAAAACUACAAAGGAGGAAGAAAGAAGCCACUCCAAAAAGAAGCUCCUCACAGCCAGUGACCUUGCAGCCAGCGACCUCAAAGGAUUUCAGCCACAGGCAUAUGAGAGGCCCCAGAAACACUCAGCUCUCCAUUAUGACCCAGGCCUCACACAGGACUUCACCGGGGACACCUUAAAACCAAAGCACCAGCAAAAAAGCAGCAGCCAGAAUCACGUGGACUGGUCCACCACCUCUGACAGUGGACCGACCACUCAGAAUUGCUUCAUUGGUACAGAGUCUGGCAGAGAAUCUACGAGCACCAGCAAGAUUCCAGCUCUUGAGCCUGUGGCUUCCUUUGCAAAGGUCCAGGGUAAGAAAGGCAGUGCAGGAAGCACGUGGAGUCAGUUGUCUAACAGUAGCAAAGAUCUGCUCUUGGGAAGUGUGGUUCCAUCCCCAAGCAACCACAGCUCACCAGCUCCACCCAGCAGCUCUGCUGAGUGCAACGGGCUUCAGUCCUUGGGAGAUCAAGAUGGAGGGGGGACAAAGGAUCCCCCAGAACCACCUGUUAUAGGCAGCAAGAAAAAGUCUAGUAAGAAAGAUGCAAGUCAGAACAUCCCAAACCCAGACCUGGAUUGGAUCAAGAGUACCCAGAAAGCAUUUGACAACACUGAAGGUAAAAGAGAAGGCUACUCUGUAGAUAACACCCAAGAAGCAUCACCAGCCAGGCAGAACGUGAGUUCCGUCAGUAAUCCUGAAAAUGACUCAAGUCAUGUCCGGAUUACUAUCCCCAUCAAGACACCCUCUCUAGAUCCAAGCAGCCAUAAGAGAAAGAAGAGACAGUCCAUCAAAGCUGUGGUUGAUAAAAUCAUCCCAGAGAAAGCCCUGGCUUCUGGAAUCACGAUGAGCAGUGAAGUAGUUAACAGGAUCCUUUCCAAUUCAGAGGGCAAUAAGAAAGAUCCCCGCGUCCCCAAAUUGGGUAAAAUUAUAGAGAAUGAGUCCUCCUCAGUUGGUCUUGAAACUGGUGGAAAUAUUGAAAAAAUUGUCCCAGGAGCUGUGUCUAAGCCACGGAAGCCACCUUUGGUCAUGACGCCUCCAACAUGCGCAGAUCACUCUCCGUCAAGAAAGCUGCCAGAAAUUCAACAUCCAAAAUUUGCUGCAAAACGGAGGUGGACGUGCAGCAAACCAAAACCUACCAGCAUGCUCCGAGAGGCAGUCAUGGCCACCUCUGAUAAACUGAUGGUGGAACCACCAUCUGCCUAUCCCAUCACCCCCUCCAGCCCUCUGUACACCAACACAGACAGUCUUACUGUGAUCACUCCAGUCAAGAAGAAGCGGGGACGACCAAAGAAGCAGCCUCUGCUCACAGUAGAGACAAUUCAUGAGGGUACUUCCACCAGCCCAGUCAGUCCCAUCAGCCGAGAGUUUCCUGGCACUAAGAAAAGAAAGAGGCGACGCAAUUUAGCUAAGUUAGCCCAGCUUGUGCCAGGAGAGGACAAACCCAUGAGCGAGAUGAAAUUUCACAAAAAAGUUGGAAAGCUUGGUGUGUUGGAUAAGAAGACCAUCAAAACGAUCAAUAAGAUGAAAACACUGAAGAGGAAAAAUAUCUUGAACCAGAUUUUGUCCUGCUCCAGCAAUAUUGCUUUGAAGGCUAAAGCUCCCCCAGAGACCAGCCCUGGGGCAGCAGCAAUCGAAAGCAAAUUGGGCAAGCAGAUUAACGUCAGCAAGAGGGGGACCAUCUACAUUGGCAAGAAGAGGGGCAGAAAGCCAAGAACAGAGCUGCCACCCCCAUCCGAAGAACCCAAAACAGCCAUCAAGCACCCAAGGCCUGUUUCUAGCCAGCCGGAUGUUCCAGCCGUGCCUUCCAACUUUCAGUCACUUGUGGCGUCUUCACCAGCAGCUAUGCACCCACUUUCAACACAGUUAGGUGGGUCCAAUGGCAACCUGAGCCCCGCCAGCACUGAAACCAAUUUUUCAGAGUUGAAAACUAUGCCAAAUCUCCAGCCCAUCAGUGCUCUUCCAACCAAAACCCAAAAGGGAAUACACAGUGCAACCUGGAAGCUGUCUCCACCCAGGCUGAUGGCCAACUCUCCUUCACACCUUUGCGAGAUUGGCUCACUAAAGGAAAUCACACUGUCCCCUGUCAGUGAGUCGCACAGCGAGGAGACGAUCCCGAGCGACAGUGGCAUCGGGACAGACAAUAACAGCACGUCUGAUCAAGCGGAGAAGAGUUCAGAAUCCCGACGGAGGUACUCUUUUGAUUUCUGCUCCCUGGACAACCCGGAGGCCAUUCCAUCUGACACCAGCACAAAGAAUCGGCAUGGCCACCGGCAGAAGCAUCUCAUUGUGGACAACUUUCUGGCCCACGAGAGCCUCAAGAAGCCAAAGCACAAGAGGAAACGGAAAAGCCUGCAAAACCGGGAUGAUCUCCAGUUUCUGGCAGAGCUGGAAGAGCUCAUUACCAAGUUCCAAGUGUUCAGGAUCUCCCACCGGAGUUACACCUUUUACCAUGAGAAUCCAUAUCCCAGCAUUUUUCGGAUUAACUUUGAUCACUAUUACCCGGUGCCAUAUAUCCAGUAUGACCCCUUGCUCUAUCUUCGUAGGACUUCAGACUUGAAGUCAAAGAAGAAGCGUGGUAGGCCUGCAAAAACCAAUGACACCAUGACAAAGGUGCCUUUUUUACAAGGGUUCAGCUACCCUAUUCCCAGUGGAAGUUACUAUGCACCCUAUGGAAUGCCUUACACAUCAAUGCCUAUGAUGAACCUUGGUUACUACGGUCAGUACCCAGCUCCUUUAUACCUAUCGCACACCUUGGGAGCAGCUUCCCCCUUCAUGAGGCCAACAGUGCCACCACCUCAGUUCCACACAAGCUCCCAUGUAAAGAUGUCUGGGGCAGCUAAACAUAAAGCAAAGCACGGAGUACACCUGCAGGGACCUGUUGGCAUGGGCCUUGGGGACAUGCAGCCAUCCCUGAACCCUCCCAAGGUGGGCAGUGCCAGUCUGUCCAGCAGUCGGCUCCACAAAAGGAAACACAAACACAAGCAUAAGCACAAGGAAGACCGGAUCCUGGGGACCCACGACAACCUGAGCGGUCUCUUUGCAGGCAAAGCCACAGGAUUCUCUAGCCACCUCCUGAGUGAGCGGCUGAGCAGCGUGGACAAAGAGCUCCCACUGGGGAAUGAGAAGAGCAAGCAUAAGGAGAAGCAGAGACACCAGCACAGUGACGCCAGCCACAAAGCUUCUAAGAACAACUUUGAGGUGGACACCCUGUCUACGCUGUCACUUUCUGAUGCCCAGCAUUGGACGCAGGCCAAGGACAAAGGUGACUUGAGCAGUGACCCUGUGGACUCAUGCACUAAAAGGUACUCUGGCAGUGGUGGGGAUGGUGGCAGCACGAGAUCAGAGAGCCUGGACGUGUUCAGUGAAAUGAACCCUUCGAAUGACAAGUGGGACAGUGAUGUGAGUGGGAGUAAAAGGAGGAGCUACGAAGGCUUUGGGACAUACAGGGAAAAGGACAUCCAAGCCUUCAAGGUGAACCGCAAGGACAGAAGUUCUUAUGACUCCUCCAUGUCUCCAGGGAUGCCAAGUCCUCAUUUAAAAGUGGACCAGACGGCAGCACACAGUAAGAACGAGGGCUCAGUGUCCACCAUGAUGACCAGGAAGAAGCCAGCUGCAAUGGACAGUGUUGCAAUUCCACCAACCCCAGUGUUAUCUCUCCUGGCUGCAUCUGCAGCAACCUCAGACACAGCCAGCUGCUCCCUGAAGAAGCGGUUCAAGCGGCAGGAGAUCGAAGCCAUCCAAUGCGAGGUGCGGAAGAUGUGCAACUACACCAAGAUUCUGUCCACCAAGAAGAACCUGGACCACGUGAACAAGAUCCUGAAGGCCAAGCGGCUGCAGAGACAAUCAAAGACAGGCAACAACUUUGUCAAGAAGCGGCGCGGGCGGCCGCGAAAGCAGCCCACCCAGUUCGACGAGGACUCCAGAGACCAAAUGCCGGUGCUGGAAAAGUGCGUCGACCUGCCCAGCAAGCGGGGUCAGAAACCCAGCCUGAGCCCGCUGGCGCUGGAGCCCGCCGCCGGCCAGGACGCGGUCAUGGCCACCAUCGAGGCGGUCAUCCACAUGGCCCGGGAGGCGCCCCCGCUGCCGCCGCCGCCGCCGCCCCCGCUGCCGCCGCCCCCGCCGCCGCCUCCGCCCCCGCCGCCGCCGCUGCCCAAGACGCCCCGGGGCGGGAAGCGGAGACACAGACCCCAGCCUCCCGCGCAGCCGCCACAGCCGCCGCCCGCGCCGCAGCCCCUCCCCCAGGAGGAGGAGGUGAAGGCCAAACGGCAGAGGAAGUCCCGAGGGAGCGAGAGUGAUGUCCUUCCCUAGGGUUGGUGUGUGCGUGCGCACCUGGGGCGGGGGACUGAGGCGUCGCAGGUGCAGCGAGCCGGGUGGGGCGCACCCUCCACCCUAGCAGGGACACCCAAGCCCUUCUCUGCAGCUAGCUGGCCAGACGUCGGGGCUGAGCCUCCAGGGGCCCUGGGGCAAGCCAUGCGACGCGGGGGACGCGGGUCUGUGCAGUCCGGGAGUUCCCAGCACCGCGGCGCUUUAGCGUGGCGGGAUGCGGAUAGGUGAGCCCAGCCCCAUCCGGGAGGAGAGGGCCGCCUGAUGGCCCUCGUCCCAGAUGGGCACUGGGAUCCCAUGUCUUUUGCUGGCCGGGAAAAUCGAAAGGGAAACACCUUCAAUUGGGAAACAUUCCAAGGGGAGAAAAGCUGCAAAUUUCUCGACUGGCUUUGAGGUAACCCACUUCCGUUUCAUUGGUUUUUAUUUUCUUUCUGUUGGUUUUCAAGCUGUGCUAGGCUUUGAGGCCCCAACCUCGUCUCCGGGUGACCUGUAUCUUUCCGUUAACAGUACAGUUCCUUAGAUGGAAUCCUGUGAUGGAAGGUGGGAUUCUAGUGAUGGGUGACCUUAGCCCUGCUUUCAUAUCCUCUGGUGCAGACACACGGAGUUUUAGCAUCGUCUGUUCCUGCUUUUCUUUUGCCUGUUGUACUUUCAUGUAUGUACAUGUCCAUCACCGUGCUUGCUGCCGCCUCUGUCAUGGUACACAUCGAGGUCGAGUAAACCGGUACCUGUGUUGUAAAGUUCGCCCUUGGCCUGCUGUCCCGAGGAUACCUGGCUCUGAAUAACAAUCAUUGUGAAACAGAUAAUAGGUAUUGAUAGAGACCUUUUAGUAAGUGAGUAGCCAAGGAUAUGUUGACCCAGGUGUCAACCAGGUUGUUUUCAUCCUUAAAACAUAUCGGCAGAGAAUAGGCAGAAUAAAAUGGCUGUCAUACCCCACAGCAAGUGGAAUAACUUAACAAACCACCAAAUACUGAAACCCCAGGCCCACCAGAAAGACAUGUGUCUAGCAAUGCCUUGGUAAGUGAUUUUUUUUUUUUAUUUCAUUCAAACAACUAUCAUGGAUUGUCAGAAAAAGGAAACAGAAAGACAAUAGAAGUCCAUUGUCUCUUGAUAACUAUUUCUUAAAAAGCAAGUGGGAGUAAGUGUUCUUAACUGAAAAAAUAAAAUAAAAUUCUCAAAGGGUGUCACCACUCCAAUUGUAUCAAGCCACCUUGGACAAAGUAUCCAAAUUGUGGUUGCCUUAAUAAACUAAAACAUUUUUGUACAUAAUGUAAUUAUAAAUCUAUCAGUCUGCAUGGAUGCAAACUGUGUGUGACAAAUCGUCUUUUAAAUGGUCAAUUUCAACUGUACAUUUCUCAUCCAAGUUGUACUCUAGCCAUUGGUUUAGCGUGAACAGAUAUUGCAUCACUAUUAUCCAUUUCCAAAGCCCAAGUAAAACAUGAAGACUCAGAAUGAAUAUGAAGUUAUUCCAUUGCCGUAGAUAUUUUUAACAAUUCAGAUGUGGAAAUUUCAAAUAAGUAUUUUCAAUUUCCUCCCUCACUCCUCCCAUCACCUUCCCCAAGACAUCAAACACCUGGCAUGGUAGAUUAUAGAAAGAGAGACACUGAAGAGAGAGAAUUAAAUUUUCUAUUGGGAAUUAGAAUAUCUGGUUUACCUCAAAAUUAAGUUUCUUUACAGGAAGUUGGGACCAGCUGGAAGUUAUAUUAUCACUUCAGAACACAAUAUUAUUUCCUUAGAGAGAGGUGGAUGAUUUUUUUUUUUUUGUUAGAAGCCUAAGAGAAUAAGUGAUAGGAUAUCUAUGGAUGUGAAUUUCAAAACCCCAAGUUAAUAUGUUUGCAUACAUCACAGCUCUGUCAGGGCACCAACAGUUGGUGGAAAUUACAGUCAUCCCGUUCUGCACUGUCACUAUGGACCUGACAUCAUUUGCUGCCACUAAGUCGGUUGUGUUUAAUUCUAGAGAUAUGUUAAGUUUAUAGGACUGUACUUUAAAGCUUAUAUCUGAGACCCUCAGUUUGUGACUGGGUUAACCUUUGCCAUUUCACACAGGCUGAAUAGCAACAUCACAACAGCCAUUUCCAGUUUGUCAUUCUCACGCCACGUGUGAGUGGCUCCAAAGUCACCAGAGGGGAAAGUUUAAAUUAGCCCUUCUCACCCCAUCGCUGACCAUUUUCAUUCCAAUUAAGCCAUGCAGAGAUUUCUCUUCCUGUUGGAUAGUGAAAACCAUUCUUUUUGUUCUGUCCUGGCCUCUUUUGCUCCCCACCUGGUACUGUCUCUUCAGCUAAGCCUGUUAAGCACACAACAUUUUCUUGCAGGCACUCCAGAAACUUCUUAAAGGAGGACCCAAAGUUUAAUUGGCAUUAACUUCUAAUAACGAGUAACAUCCCAGUAACUUUGGGAAUUUCCAAACCAAUGAAGGAUACUCUGGGAGAGACACAGCAAGAGUUGCAAUUCACACAUAAACUGGGGUCUCUGGUCCUUUGAGUGAAAUGCAAAUCCUCUACAUAUAGAUCCUAAGAAUAGACUGGUAAGUUGCAGACUACCUAAGAUGAGGCAUGCUAACCAAUUACUUGGAGGUGGAAGCAAGUCCAAUCAAUUACACAGAUUCCUCUUCACCACCUCAGUAUUAAAUUUCUCAAUUUUUCUUCUGCUUUUCCUCAACAUAACUCAUUUCAUUGAUGCAACCAUUUCCUUAUUCUCUAACUAAUUCCUGUUCUUUAGUAUCUCCUUUCCUGUCCAUACCCCACAUUGGGUCAGUCUAGUGUCACAUCUAGUUGGUUGCAGGCCAGAAAGAAAAUCCAGUUUUCCUAACACAGAUUGUAAAGGUCUUUGGCCACCCAAUACUGCCUUCUGGGGCUGCAUUUUUAUUUUGACAGAGAGCAUUUGUGAUGCCAGCUCCACAAAAUAUUCUGUAAGAGAAAUCCCUUGAUUUUCAUGCCAUUAUUUUUUCUGAAAUAUACUCGCCUUCAGCAAGCAGAUGUGGACUCAUUUAUAAUAUAAGGAGUUUGAUUAGGGAUGAGAAAAAAGAUGAAAUGAGAUGUAACAGCCUCCUGGAUUUUUAAUCCACCUUACCAAGUGGUUGGGGCCCACUUGCCUUUCACCCUCUACAGGGACAAAAGUUGACCUGCUUCAAAUAGCCCAGCUCUGGUCGAAGGAAAGGAGAACAUUUAAGGGGCUGUUUUCUCACUUGGUAGGACCUGGAGUGUGCAGCCACUGACAGCCCAGGAAAGGUGACUACAGGCUGGCAGAAGAUUAGCAUGUCUCCCUGGCUUCUGUCUCGAGGGGGAGUUCAUGUUCAGUGGCAGGCAGAAUUUGUGCUCUGCACAUUGCUGGGUCUAUAAAUAUGAUAAGCAAGUGGUGACAGAAUUAUUGUACAGGUGAUGUUCUACAUGCAGAUCAUAAAGGAUUUGGGUUUUGGACUUAAGUAGAAAAUCCGACUCCCAGCUUAUUACCCAACAAUAUUCAGAUAAUGAGCUUUUGGAGAAUAUAUUUUUUUUUCCCUAUCACUAGGAAGAUUUUCCUGGGAACUGUCUAAAGUCUAUACAGAUAUAUCCAAAGCCUUUAAAUGCCAACUGCAGCAUGGAGAGAGAGGGGGUGGCAGAAGUCGAAAUGCCUCAAAAGCCAUUUAAGUGUUCUGUUGCCGGAUCUUCAGUCUUUCUCAUUAUGUAAAAGUAGAUAAAUAUAGACAUUUUUUUCUCAACACUACCCUAGUAUCACAAUGGUCCAAAUGCCAGAGCUUACAGAUAAUGUCAUCACAGUGCCUAGAAACAAACUGUAAUAUAUCGUAGCAUUUUCUUGGUGUUUCUAAAAGUUUCUUUCCACAAUACAAGGCUCCCUCUGCCUCUUGUUUCUUGAAGAGUUCACGCCACUGAUGCGUCUUCCUUCCCUCUUGGACUUAGUCAUUUGGGGAACAGUCUUAGAAGCACAUUUCAACCAAGGAAGAAACUUCCUGGAUUUCUAUUGCCCGCUUGCCCAGGUAUAAUAAACACUAAUGGGGAGGGAGGGGGGAUUGAAAAGAGCUGCCCACCAGUCAACAGGGAAGGGCAGUUGCACCCUGGGUGGAGUCUUUCUUUUUCUUCCUUUUUAAAAAAAUCUAUUUCUUAAAUAAUAAAUGCACAUGAUGUGUUAAAUAUGUACAUAUAUAUUUCAAAAGAAAAAAAUGGGGCACAAGAUUGUCUUACAAGUCGUGCUGGCUAAUUUUUAGUUUGUAUUCAUAAGUGGUUUUUAAAAGCCUUUUUUAAAGUGUAAUUUGCAUGUUCUACUUUGAUUGUAUGUAAACAUAUUUUAGAACAAAAAAUGUAUUUGUAUUUUAUUGAAUAUAGAGGCAAGAAAAAUUGUACAUUGUUUGAAAUGUUCUUUUUGUAACAGUUUUUAUUCAUAAAGCAUUUUUGUACAUUUAAAAUGAACAUGGACUUGCUGUUAUUUGAGGCGUAGAUACAUCUGGCAUGCUUUACUGCCAUGCUCCUCCAUGGUCUUAGAUGUUGGGUUUUAAACAUUUUUUUCUAAAAGAAAGCUCAGUCUUUUUCGCUACCAGAUCAGGUUAGCACCGUAUAGAGCACUUAACUAUUAAAAAAAAAAAAGUUAAUCCUAUUCAUAUGUUAUUCAUUGUGUGAAAUUAAAGACAUUCA